CGCAACCGACCCAGGCAGAUGCAGUUUGGCUCGAGAUCGCGCGCUUCAAUCAUUCAAUCGUAUCUCGUGCAGUGAACGACGUGAAGUGAAAUUUCCUCUUUAGACAAUUCAAAAAUGCAGAGUCUUGAGGAUUUAAUACUGCGAUCGCAGAAAUUCUCCCUUCCAGACUACUUAGUCUUCGUCUCAAUGCUCUUCUUCUGCAUCCUCAUUGGAAUCUACUUUGGUUUCAUCAAGAGUGUCGACACUGAAUCAGAAUAUCUCGUUGGAGGUCGUAAUAUGAAAGUCGUGCCAAUUGCAUUGAGUCUAAUUGCCAGUUUUAUCAGUGGAAUAACCCUGCUAGGACUUCCCACGGAAGUAUAUUCGUAUGGGACACAAUAUUUAUAUGUGAUUUCGGGUGUAUUGCUGAUGGCAAUCACCUUUUCAACUGUGUAUUUGCCCGUGUUCCAAGGACUAAAUAUUACUUCAACUUAUCAGUAUUUGGAAAGUCGUUUUGAUCGUCGACUUCGACUCUACGGAUCAAUCAUGUUCACAAUCAUGAAUGUGGCUUACCUUCCAAUUGUCAUAUAUGUACCCAGCCUAGCCUUCAAUCAAGUAACUGGCGUCAAUAUUCACAUCUGCUCAAUAAUGCUUGUUGUCGUCUGUGUAUUCUACACUUGCGUGGGCGGUUUGAAGGCCGUGGUUUGGACGGAUGUUGUCCAAGUAAUACUGAUGUUUGCCGCCUUGAUUUUGGUUGCCAUAAAGGGGACAUUUCACGUAAAUGGACCGGAAAUUGUACUCAAAAGUGCUCUUGAGACUAAUCGUAUCGAAGCACCGAUAUUCAAUAUUGAUCCCACAAUUCGACACUCUUUCUGGUGUCUCUCCAUUGGAGGACUCUUUUAUUGGGUUCAGACCAAUGCAAGUAGUCAAAAUAUGAUACAACGCUACUUGUCCCUACCAUCCCUACGAGAGAGUCGAAAAGCUGUUUGGAUAUUCGUUAGUGGAGUCAUUAUCCUCAUGCUUCUAUGCGCCUACAAUGGUCUUCUUAUCUACGCCACAUACCGCGACUGUGAUCCAUUAACAACGAAACUGGCCAAAGCCAAGGAUCAACUUCUACCACUGUUCGUAAUGGACACUCUAGGGGAAUUGCCUGGACUAUCCGGCAUGUUUAUAGCCGGAGUGUUCAGUGCUGCACUCAGUUCCCUUUCCACCUGCCUCAAUUCAAUGUCUGCGGUCGUGCUGGAGGACUUCUGUAAGCCUUUUGCACGAAGACCCCUCUCCACCACAGCAACCAAUUGGAUAAUGCGAUCAGUGGUUGUGGGGGUGGGAGCUCUCUGUGUCUGUCUGGUGUUUGUUGUUGAGAAAAUGGGAACUGUGCUGCAGCUCACAAUGAGCCUGGAGGCCAUUACGAAUGGUCCUCUAUUGGGAAUCUUCACUAUUGGCAUUCUACUGCCUUGUAUCAAUGGAACGAGUGCCCUUAUUGGAGGAAUCUUUGGAGUGUUGCUCAUGAGUUGGAUAAGUCUUAAUGCACAAUGGGCCAUUGCUUCCGGAGAUCUGAAAUUCAACACAAAACCCAUGUCAAUCGAUGGAUGCAAUUAUCUUUUCAACUACACCUCCACAAUUUAUACCACACAAAUGCCCAUAGAUACGGAAUCUAACAUAAUGCCACUCUAUCGAAUCUCAUACAUGUGGUACACCUUCCUCGGGGCCAUAUCAACAAUUCUAGUGGCAUUUAUUAUCAAUCUAGUCAAAGGAGGCAAUGAUCCUCACCUUGUGGAUGCAUCUUUGAUAUCUCCGGUGAUCAGGAAUUUCUACGGCACCCGCCAAAAUACAGUUAAAGAAGAGGAGACGAUAAAGGAUAUAACACAAGAAUCUUAUCUGUAGAACUAAAUUUGUGAUCGAUGCUAAAAAUAAAAAAAUUUUAUCUUGUUCCAUUCCGUUGACCAAAAA